CCAAAUUAGAUUGGAGCCUGGUGUUGCCAUCCGGUUUCACCAGUCCUCAGUCAAAUCGUCCAACCCAUGCUAGCAUGGAAAGCGGACGUUAAACGAUGAUGAUGAUGAUGAUGAUAUAUAUAUAGAUGUGAUAGAGGAGAAAUUAUUAAAUUAUUUAAAAACGAAUUAUGUGAGAAAGUGAAAGAAUUGAGUUUAUUUUCCUCAAGAGAUGGCAGAAGAGACAGGGAAAUCAACAGACAGUAGUGAUAUCUGUGAAAAGUUAUCCUCUCGAAAACGUAACAUCUUGACUCCCAAACGAACUCUCAAAGUAGCAAAGCCACAUCGCUGUGAUAUUUGCGGUAAAAUCUUUUCUGAAAAUAAUCUCUUAGUUAGACACAAACGCAUACAUACAGGUGAGAAACCAUAUCACUGUGAUGUCUGUGAUAAAUCAUUCUCUGAAAGAAGUCGCUUGACAACUCACAAACGUACACAUACAGGAGAAAAACCAUAUCUUUGUGAUAUCUGUGGCAAAACGUUCUAUCAAAAAUGUCACUUAACUGAACACAAGUACUUUCAUUCAGGAGAGAAGCCAUUUCACUGUGAUGUCUGCUCUAAAUCAUUUUUUCAAAAGAGUCACUUGACUGCACAUAAGAACAUUCAUACAGGAGAGAAGCCAUAUCACUGUGAUGUCUGUGGUAAAUCAUUCUCUGAAGGAAGUACCUUAACUAAACAUAAACGUAGCCAUUCAGGAAUCAAACCUUUUAAAUGUGAUAUCUGUGGUAAAUCAUUCUCUUUAGCAAGUCACUUAAACAGACACAAACUCAUUCAUACAGGAAACAAUCCAUAUCACUGUGAUACUUGCUGCAAAUCAUUAUCUAUUGUAACUAAGAUGUACUCAGACCUUGGCAGGUCUGAGUUGUCGUCAGAGGAGGAGCUGGUAAGGGCGGUCAUAAAGAUGGACAGAGUGUUGAAGACAAAGAGUUUUGCUGAAGCCACGGAGGUGAAGCGAAGGGAGCUGGACUUGGCUGGUCUGAAGGAGUACGAGAAGAUGGCUCAGAAGGUGGGCGUCGACGUGAAGCUGUCACUCCCCAAAGGAAUUAUGGAGAGGAUGGAGAAGAAAAUGAAGGUGUACUUGUUGAAAGGAAAAAUGGUAGAACAGGUGGAGGCAGAAGUGGAAAAGGUGCUGAAGGAACAAUCAAAGGAGAUAAUGUACAUAACCAAAGGAAGAAGAUAUGGGACAAUGGUCGUCCAAUUUAGGACAGUAGAGGAGGCGAGUGUGGUGGUGCUUCUGCCCACAUACCAUGGAAGAAAGACUUCCAAGGUGAGGGUAGAAGCAAUUCCACCGGAUAUAGAAGAGGCAGCUGUCCUUGUCCUCCAAGCCACAGAAAUGGAAGAAGUAGGGUGGAAAGGAAGGACACCUGAUCUUAUUAUUCAGGUGGAGGAGGGUCAACUGGAGAACUCGGCAGUGACGGUGACGUUGGAGGGAAAUCGUGCUGAGGGUGUGGAACCUCAGAUGACAUUGAUAGGAGAGAAUAUUUCACUUCAGUAUCCUAGAAGAUACUGUGGUAAAUCAUUCACAGAAGCGAGUCACUUGACAGCUCACAAACGUACGCAUACCGGAGAAAAACCAUAUCUUUGUGAUAUUUGUGGCAAAAUGUUCUAUCAAAAAUCUCACUUAACCGAACACAAGUAUUUUCAUACAGGAGAGAAGCCAUUUCACUGUGAUGUCUGCUCUAAAUCAUUCUCUCGUAAAAGCCACUUGACUGCACAUAAGAACAUUCAUACAGGAGAGAAGCCAUAUCACUGUGAUGUCUGUGGUAAGUCUUUCUCAGAAGGAAGUACCUUAACUAAACAUAAACGUAGCCAUUCAGGAAUCAAACCUUUUAAAUGUGAUAUCUGUGGUAGAUCAUUCUCUCAGGUAGGUAGCUUAAAAAGACACAAACUCGUUCAUGCAGGAGACAAUCCAUACCACUGUGAUACUUGCUGCAAAUCAUUAUCUAUUGUAACUUGACUGGACACAGGUGUAUUUGAUUGAUCAUUUUCUGAAGGGAAGAACCUUGAAUAAUCCACAUGUACACUCAGAGAAGAGAAUAUCACCCUAUCUAUGGUAAAGUAUUCUCUCAAAACACCCACUCAACUACACAUGUAUAUAUUCAUACAGAAGAUUAACCACAUAGUGUCAAAAAUCUUUCCAUAAAUCUAAUGUUAUAUAACCACCGGUGUAUCUGUUUGACAAAGAAGAUAUAGCAAUCUUCAGACACUUUGUAUAACCAUAUCUAUGUCCACUUUAAUGCAAUAAAUUAUAACUGAUAUUUUUAAUAAA